UCCAUUUAUUGAUACUAUAUUGUCGCACUGGUUUACGGUUGCAUCACGUACAACGGUCUUACACUUGUGAAAUCUUCUUCAUUUAUCAUCUCACUAUAUUAAAUGAAAUUCAAAUUACAUAUAUAAGGAAGUGUGAAACACAUUAUGAGUGCAUUAAGAUUAUAUUCGAUAUCCAGUCAAGUCUUGGAAUGAAGUGGUCGAUUUUAGUUGCCUGCUUGAUUGUGUGUCUCUUGGAUUUUAAGGGUUCCGAUGGGAUUUCCGCGGUUCCUUGUUCCCAAGAAGGCUCAGAUCUACAAGACAGCAUCGUAAAUGUGGAUAAGUCUCCAGUCUGCACGKCACCAUUAGGCCCCCUGUUAACCAAUUUGUGUUCGACGUCAACACUCAAUUCUCUACCCUCUUCAGCACUGGUGUCAAUCGUGAACGCACUGUCAGCAACACCCGAGCUCUACAAAACGUUGCCACCUCCUACGCUUGUAGCCCUAUUGAAUGCAGUCUCGUCGUCUUCAACGGUGCUGAGUGAACUGUCACCAAUCUCUGUUCUCGUCUUGCUUGCUGCUGUCUCUUCAGCCAGCCCCACGUCGAUUUCCGGUGUACCACGAGACGUGCUGUUUCCGUUAUUGAAGACGUUGUCCUCUUCCGGUUUACUACCACCAAUUGGUUCUGUGAAAUCGGACACAGUUUUCACCGAACUACCACCCUUGCCACCACCGGCGCCACAAAUCAUAGUUCCCGGCCYAGCCCCAGGUCCCUUAUUCAUAAACCUACCAAAAAAACAACCCAGACCCCCACCCAUCAUCGUACCAACUGGACCCCCACCAUCCAUCGUCGUGUCCAUCCCACAACCUUACCCAGCCCCGCCACCUUUAAUCAUGCCGUACGGUACACCUGGUCCGAUAGUGAUUAAUGAAGGACAGAACACUGAUCCUCGGUCCUAUCCAACUGCAGUAUUACCUGCCCCCGAAGCGCAAAAAAUAUUUUUUACCACACAUCCGUCAAAAGCAUGUCUCAAAUCGAUCAAURGCAGACAGUCGCCACAAGAUUAUUGUAAUUCACAAUUUGAAAUUCCAAAAGUGUAUGCGUUACCACCAGGUGUUUUGCCUAACCAAUAUUUCCAGAUUGCUAGAAAAGAAUCCUAAAAAAUUUAUAUGUCUUUAAUAUUUAAAACCAUUUGUAAAUCGUAACCAAAUAAAUAAACU